UUGAUAGUGGAAGAACGGCAGUUGUACGGGACGAAGAGCCGGAUUCGGCAGCUGUGGCUGCCUGUGCGCAGGUUGGCUCAGGAGAUCAGGGGGUUGAGGCAUCAGUGCCUGGAUCUGAUCCCACGGGGGCAAAGGAGGCCGCUGCCAUCACCACCACCACCGCCACUGCCAUCACCACCACCACCGCCGCUGCCUUCAUCACCACCAAAUCCACUUCCGCCACCAAAGCAGCAUGCAGGCGGGAUCUAGGUCCCCCUGCUGACGACACCAAGGUGAUCAUGGCGACGGUGCGGUCAGCGUUUCUCGGCCUGGCGUCCAUCCUGGCUGUAGCGGCGGCAGCAGCGUCCGCUACAGCCCCCUCCUCCCGCACUUCCGCCCCCACCUACCUCUCCUCCGCUGUCUCUCGGGACGUGGCCCGCUUCCUCCUGUCUCACUUGCAUCCCGACUGCACGCUGCCCCUGCCUCCUUUUUAUGACCCUGACUCAGCAGCUGCAGCUGCUGUUGCUGCUGGUGAUAGCGCUGGUGAUUCUGGUGGUGCGGGUGGUAGUGAUGGUGGUGCAGGUGAGCUCAAUGCCCCUUCCUUGAUUACCGAUCUAAGCGCCCGUUUUGCAACAGCAGAUGGGGUGGCAGCAGCAGCAUCAUCAUCAUCAUCAGCAGCAGCAGCAGCAGCAGCAGCAGCAGAUGGUAAACGGGGAGUUUCCCCUGAAUCUGGCACUUCUUACGAUGCUGAUAAGCACAGGAACAGCAGCAGCAGCAGCACAGCAGUAGGGUUACCACCAGACCCAGGCUCGGACGGAGGCCUGGAGCUGACCUCAGGCCCGGAGCUAGCCUCGGUAAAGCAGAUCGUGGCAGCGGCAGUGGUUCGGGCGAUGCAGCUACAGCCGGAAGCGAUGCUUGGGGCGGCGAUAGAGCAGGCACGGACGGGGGGAAGCGGAGGGGUGGGGAGGAGUGGUGAGGGGCAGAGAGGCAAACAGGCGAUCUCUUUUCUGCUACAGGUGACUGCCCCUCGGGAGGUUGCGGGUUUAACUGGGGAGGGGGAAUCUGAGGGUAUGGAGGGUAGGAAGGCAAAGAGGGUUAAAGUAGGUGAGGAGGAGAGGAGGGGGGAGGAGGGAGGAGCGGAUGGAGGGGUGGAAGGGAGAGCAGGGGACGAGAGGGAAGAGGAGGAGGAGGGGGAAAGGGACAAGGGGAUGGCUGCCGGUGUAAAUGAAAAGGACUUCGGUCCUGGUGUUGGAAAGGGGGGCGGAAAUGGUGGGGACAGCGAUUCGAACAAGAAAGAGGAGGGAGCGAAGGACGAGGACGAGGGCGAGGAGGAGGCAGAGCAGGUGGGAAACGCGGAGGGGGAGAAAACGAAGGAUGGCUUUAGGGAGGAGAAGGAAGGUGGGAGGGAGAGGAGGGAGGAAUCGGAGCGGGGAGAGGAAUCCAGCGAGAGGGAGAGCGCUAGGAGCAAGCGGAAGAGGGCGAGGGAGCAGUCCAGCAUGGCCUUUCAGGCUCUGGAGGGACGUCCGGAGUCGCUCCGGUGGCUCGCUGCGGUGCUGCAGCAGGUUCGGCGAAGUGGCUCGGCGGCCAUAGACUCCCUGGGGGACUCCUGGUACUCUCUCCAGUCGCUGCUGGCUUCCCUAAGGGAUGCUUCUGCUGCCUCUGCUGCGGCGGCUGCUGCUACUGCUAUGGCUGGUGCCGCUUCUGCUGGUGGUGCUGCUGGUGCUGGUGGUGGUGUUAAAACUGGUGCUGGUGGUGGGGUUGGUGACAGGGGCGAGGGAGAGAGGGACGAGAGGGGCGGAGGGGGGAAGGACCAGCAACAGAGGGAAGCCGAGAGGGUUGGGGCGACAGGAGGAGCAGGAGUGGCAGCUGGUGCUGGUGCUGGUUCAGGUGCUGGUUCAGGUGUAUCUGGGUGGUCGUGGGAUGGGGAGGUGUUUACGGUGACCCGGUUUCUAGAGCUCACUUUCUGCUCCGAGGCGGGGACGCCUCUCCCGGUGGAAGGCUUAUCUGGGGAAGGCCAUCGGACGGUGCUGCGAUCACUCUUCGAGAAAUUCGGCCCGGUGGAUGACGUGUGGAUUGUGGGCGGAGGGGGCGGAGGGGGAGGAGGGGGAGGAGGGGGGGGAGGCAGGGACAUUGGUGGGCCGGUGCAUGUGACUGUAACGAUGGUGACUGUACGGGAGGCGGUGAGGGCGAGGGAGGGGUUGAACGGGGUGGUCCUUUGGGGGAGGAGGCUGCAAGUGCGCUUUGGGGAUGGGCCCGGGGGAGGUUUACCUGGGGGCGGGUUGGUGGCACGAGAGAGAGGAGAGACAGGAACAGAGGGGAGGGAGCGCGAUGGUGACCGGGAUAGCCAGCGAGAGGGGAGAGAUAGCCUUCGGGUGCUCGGGCUCAGAGACAGUGGAGGAGUGAGGCAGACUGGCUUCUCUCCGAGUCUCAUAAACUCUCCCCUGGGCUUGGUUGCUGGUGGCCGGAGAGGUUUGGGUCUCCCUAUAGGCGCUGCUGCUGCUGCUGCGGCGGCUGCUGCUGCUGCUGCUGCUGCUGCUGCAGGGAGGGGUUUAGGGUUAGGGUUUCUGGGGGCGCAUAUGGGGGGGUUUGCAGGGGUGGGGGUUGGUAUGGGGGGAGAGAGAGGGGUGGAGAUGGGGCGAGCAGGCACCCCUCCCCUUCCUCCUCCUCUUACUCCUGCUGCUGCUGCUGCUGCUGCUGCUGCUGGUAGUGCUGGUGCUGCUGAAGCCUUGCCGCCCGCUUCUCGGCUGCACGUGUGGGUGGGCGGCGUGAACAGUGCCAGUGCGAAGGAGAGCCUGCUGCAGCGGCUGGCAUUCGCUGGCGUCCCGCCGCCCGCCCACGUGUCCGUCCUAGUCAGCGCCAGCGCGCUGCUCCUGGAAUUCAGGAGGCAGGAAGAUGCGAACAUGGCACUGAUGUUCUUAAAACGAGGGGUGGUGCCAGCAGCAGGGGGAGGGACAGGAGGGGCAGGAGGGGUAGGAGGAGAGGGGGAAGGUGGGGGGGAGAGUGGGUAUGUGCGUGGUGGGGCUUCGGAUGGUGGUGAUGGUGGGGGUGACAGUGGCAUAGGAGGUGCUUUCAGGAGGGGGGGGAGUAGGGAGAGAGGUUUUCCUCCAGCAACGACUCCUCCUCUGUCUGCCACAGCAGCAGGAGGUUCACCAUCGCCAUCGCCAUCACCAUCGCCAGCAGCAGCUGCUGGUGGCUUUGGGGGUUUUCCUGGCACUGCCAUUCAUUCUUCCGCUGCUGCUGCUGCGGCAGCUGCUUCAGCUGCUGCUGCCGCUGCUCUCUCCCCGUCUCUCCGUGGGUCAGCAUCCGCCACUCCCCCGUCAGCCGCCCCACCAGCAGCACGAGCAGCAGCAGCAGCAGCAGCAGCAGCAGCAGCAGCAGCAACACCAGGCACACCAGCAACACCAGCCACACCAGCUGGAGUGGGGUUCACUCCUACCCACACAACAACCCAGCAGGCACUUGCAGCGGCUGUAGCAGCAGCAGCAGCCAACACCCCUGGGGCUCAGGCUGUAGCAGCGGCAGCAGCAGCCGCAUCAGGGAUGACUUCAGCACUGGUGAUGGGCGGCCCGUCUGCUGCCCGGCAUCUAUGGGUGGGGAAGAUCGAUCCGACGGUCCCCGAGCACGAGAUCUUGUCGGCCUUUGCGCAGUACGGCGAGAUCACGAGCUGGCGCUUUGUCAAGCCGCCAGCUCAGCAAGAGGCGGCAGGGGUGGCAGGGGUGGCAGGGGUGGCAGGGGCAACAGGGGCUGCUGCUGGUGGUGGCAGUGGGUUCAGUGGUGGGGAAAGUGAUGGGGGUGGUGCAGGAGGAGCGGGAGGAGGAGCAGAAGGGGCGAGGGGUCAAUCUGGGGCUGCUCUCGUGUCGGCUUUCAUUGAUUUCCGAUCGGCAGAGUCUGCUAUUCUUGCUCGGUCCCGACUUAAUGGCGCGCGAUACGGCUCCUCCUGCAUGCAGGUGGAGUUCAAGCACGCAGCAUCGCGGGCAGCGUCCUCUCCCCAGCAGCCCGCCUCCUCCCUCUCCCACCUGCAGCACCUGCAAGCCCUCUCCUCUUCCCCCGCCGCCCGCCUCAUGCCCCUCGCCUUCCUCCCCCUCUCAGGCCUCCCCUCCCGCCUCCCCUUCACCCCUGGUGCCGCCCACAGCCUCGCCGCCCACUCUGCUGCCGCCCAGUCCGCUGCCAGCCUCAGGUUCCUCCGAACCAUGGGUGCAGGCCUGGGCGGAGGCUUGGGAGGAGGUUCGGUGCCAGGUUUGGGUUCCGGGCUGGGCUUGGGUGGAGGUGUGGCAGGGACAGGCGAGGGUGGAGCACGAGAGAGGGACCAAGAGGGGGGAGGAGGAACAGCAGCAGCAGGCGCGGCAGGCAUACCAGGAAGCGGAGUAGGAGGAUUGAGUACUGGCGGAAUGGGUUCAGGAAUGGGUGGGGGAGUGGGAGGCGGACUGGGCACAGGAAUGGGGACAGGAAUGGGGACAGGAAUGGGGACAGGUUUGGGUGCAGGAGGAGUGGUGUACGGGACAGGAGGCAAGGAGCGCGUGCCCACAAGCACCCUCUGGAUGGGCAUAUCCGAGCAGGCGAUCUCCACCCAGUCAGCAGCCAGUGCAGCAGCAGCAAUGGCGGCUUUCAGCCUGUCCGAGUCCGAGCUGCAGGGGAUAUUCACAGCGGCGGCGGGGGGUCGGGGGUAUGUGACGCGGGUGAGGAGUGCGCGGUCCAUGAGGGGUCCGUGCCGGUUCAUCGAGUUUGAUCGCGUGGAGGCUGCGGCUACAGCUCUCACGAACAUCGUGAUUUCGGAGAGAUUCGAUUCAGCUGUGCAAGUUGAAUUCAGCAAUUCGGCCCUAUCGCUGCAGCAGGCAGAGCAGCAGCUAGCUGCAGGCAACAUUGCAGCAGCUGCAGCCGCGGCUGCAGCGGCCGCUGCUGCUGCGGCCGCCGCUGUUUCAGGCACCUCUGCUUCGCACUCUGGCGCCGCUGCUGGCAGUAGUGCACCUGCUGCUUCUGCUGGUGGUGGUGGUAAUAUUGUUACACAGGAGGGUACUCCUAGGCUCACGGCAAGUGGCAGUGGUAGCAGAUGGGAUAUCAGGGAACCCCCCCACCCGCACAUCCCCUCCUCCUCCGCCUCUCUCCCAACCCAUCCCUCCCACCUCGUGGGCCCCGUUCGAGGCAGACUGCCAGGUGUUACGACAGGUGUCGCAACAGGUGUAACAUCAGGUGUAACAUCAGGCGCAGCGGCAACAGGAGCAAUAUCAACGCCCCCUUCCUUUGGAUCCGUAGGGUCGGGGAACAGCGGAAGGGCAGCAGAUGGCUCUACUGCUGGGGCGACUGCAGCAGGGCAAGUAACGGGGUUAGGAGGAGCAGUGGCAACAGCAGCAGCAGUAGCAGCAACAGCAGUAGGGACCGCCUUCCCCUCUCUGCCUCCUCCUCCCCCCUUUCCCCCUCCUCCCCCCGCUGCUCCAUCUGCCGCCGUUCCUCUCCCCCCCACUGCCGCCCCUGUCACUCCUCUCCCCCCCCUCCCUCCCCCAGCAUCUACUGUUCCUCUCACGGAACCAUCAGCCGGUGUGGGGGGGUCAGCUGAGGGAAGGGAGGGGAGAGGGGCUGGGGAACGAGGAGGGAUUGCAGUGGGUGGUGUUGGGGGUCCUCUGUCUUUUUCGGGUAUGGUCAUGGGGGCAGGUAGCGCACAGGAGGGCACAGCAACACAGGAAGGAGGGGGGACGCAGGAGGAGACAGAUAUGGAUUUUGAUGAUGAUGAAGAUGCAACUAUACGACACGUCUCCAUGCCACACACUUCUGCCUCCCAACCCCCGGUUUCUGUUUCACUAACCUCCCCUCCUCGCUUUCCUACGACACCACUGCCACCCGCGCCGCCUCCUCCUCCGCCCCCGCCUCCACCACUUGAGCCCCCGGCACUGGAGCCUUCGGCUGUUCUUCCUGUUCCCCCUCCUCCCCAUCCCGCUUCCUCUCCUCUUCCAGCCCCACCUGCUGCAGCUGCUGCUGCCGCUUCUGCUGCUGCUGGUGCUGCUAUUGCCGGUGUUUCUGCUGCUGCGGGUGUUGCGCCUUUGGAUCAGGAGAGAGGGGCUGAGAGGGAGAAGGACGGUGGAGGGGGCGCAGAGGGGAAGAGAGAUGACGGUCAGAGGGAGGGGGGAAGGAGGAGGAGCAGCAGCAGCAGCAGAUGGUGCUUCAGGAGCUGCAGGCGCAGAGGCAUCAGCAGCAGCACCUGCAGCUGUCGCUGCUGCCGCGCUUUGCUCUGUGCAAGAGCGGGGUGAUGUACUGCCACGUGGCCGCUGCCAGGCAGCAGGUCAGGGGGAGCCGCUACGACGUCUCUCACACUGCAGGGCAACACGAGCCUCUGGGGUGGCCUGAUAAGCUAGAUGUGACCAAGCGGGCAGAUUUCCGGGCAGUUCGGAAUACUUUCAAUGCCUGUCCCAGCUCUCGGAGGGAGGUGUGCAUUCUCUUCCCACUCCCCUCCACGUCCACCGCAUCUCGCUCAGCAGACACCGGAGGCCCUUCCUCUGGGUUCACGCGAAUGGUGGACUAUUUGCGGCAGAAGGAGCGCGCGGGGGUGGUGAAGAUCCCUCCAGCCAAUGGCGUGUGGCCACGUAUGCUCUACGUGCUGCCCUGGUCCCGAGACAUGUGCGAGCUGCUGGGGGUUACCACGGAUAGCCCUGACUGCCUCCUCGGCCUCAUACUGCCAGCCGUGCCCCUCCCUGCUCACUGAUCGCGCUUUGGGUGCACCAGAAAAGACGUGGGCUGCUGAUACCUCCACGCACACAUUUCUGUGCUCUUCGUGCUUCCCUCCCUGGUCCCGAGACAUGUGCGAACUGCUGGGGGUUACCGGUACCACUGAGGGUUACCACUGAGAGCGCUGACUGCCUGCUAGGGCUCGUAUAGCCAGCUGUUCCCCUCCCUGCCCACUCAUCUUACCACACUCAACCGCAGUCAAUCGUAGUCAGCUUGUUUCGAGAGGGGCACGGUAGCUCCACGGUCAGUCAUCCUGUGGUGGAUAUCGAGCGUUGAGGGGCACUCCUGCCUGGUAAUGUUCGCGAGGUAUUGUAUACGCUUUCUUUCGCUUGGUCAAACGAAACGUCAGCAAGUGAAUUUCGAAUGCUUUUGCACCACUCUUACUGACUCAACAAGGCGAAUUCGUGCCGCGAGCCUGAAGUGGUUACGUACGGAGUGAUUUAUGGCUCUGGUUCGUUCAUCAUUGACGGCCGCCGGCCGGUCGGAAUUGCCUGUUACAACUCACAUGACGCAACACCGCAGUGAGAUGAGAAACCACCUGAUGGUGAUUCGAUGGUGGUCAAUGGUCAUACUUCAGUGUCCCGCUCCACACCCGAUGGGUUCAUUCCACACGAUACUCCAUUCCAGGUCUCCCAAGCUAUGCGCUCUGCCUGAGGCACAUCCUGCGGGUGGAACCCAAGU